AUGGAAACCUCGGCGUGUAUCCCCGAAGAGGUUGAAUCUGCGUUCUCACCCACAAGAGAAGCCCACCAACUCACAGCGGAAGAUGCUCACUAUGGAUCUGUGCAAGAUCUGACUGAAGAUCACAGGCUUAUGAGGGAUAGCAGUUUCCCACAACUCAGAGGUGAGGCUAAAGAAGAAGAGUGGUUAGAAAGACAGAACACCACAGGGGACAUGCCACAGGAGCCAGGUACAGAAGUUGCUCCAGAUUACUGUGAAGUAGUGGAGAUUAUGUGUUUUGAUGAAACUGAAUAUACAACAGAAAGUGGGCAAACAGAUGAUACAAUGUGGAACUUAGGAAAUCAAUGUAACUCAAGUAGUGAUUAUUCAAUGAGAACAAAUUUCAAGCAUGAAUUUUUGUCAUAUGUAGCAGGAUUCAACGAACAUGUGGAAAAUUUACAGUCUAAUUUAAAUCUUGCAAAUUCAUCUGAGUCAGAAGAAAGUUUGAUUGAAGCCUUAGUGGAAGACCCAUCUCCCAGAACAGGAAGAUCAAGAAGGUGGAGACAAAGAAUUCACAGAUCUAGAAGACACAAAGUUAGUUCACAUCCAAAUAUACCAACUGAACCUGUAAUGAGAUCACCUGAUAGUACAUUAACUAAGACUUUUGAGAGGUCAUCCAUAAGUGACACUAAGACAUUUUCUGUAAAUGAACCACAUAAGAUAUUGAUACAGGAAAGAAUCAGAUGUCCAUUUCAAAGUGAACGUAAUUCUGCAGCUUCUGGACUAAGCACUGAUUAUGAAGAAGAACCUUCUGUAUGCAGAUUUGUAUAUAAUAUUCGUGAGAGAUUUAAAAGAAGACGGACCUACCUAGUUCCUGAUCUCCAAAUCAUAUGUUUUGUGGGAAAUGAUCCUUCAGAUGAUAUAAGUGAUAGAGUAAAGUUACUGAUGUCUGAGGAAGUGGAUAACAGUGACAAUGUAGAAAUGCUUCAAGAAGCCAUGAGAAAUAUGCCUUCACAUGUUGAAGAGACAGGUAUAAUAAGUGAUGUAGGUACCCUCAGAAUACCUGCAUUCAGAAAUUCAAAUACUGGUUUAAAUGGCAGAAGUUCUACUGCAGCUCUUACAAGAACAUCAGGACAGAGAAUGACAGGAUGUGAUGGAUCCUGUAUCUUUGCCAACACUGGUAGUGAUUUACAGAGUACUGGCUUAUCCCUAGCUCAAAGAAUACAAAAGGCAGAGUCACAGAACAGAACAGAGAGUUCCCAUAUAAAUCCCAGUUUUGAACUGUAUUGUGGUGCAACUACUUGCAACUCAAGCUUCAGGCUUGUUACUAGUUUUUGUAGUUGCCCUAAUCUCUCUGCUAGCUCUCCUAGUGAAAAUCCUAAAAUUGACUCAGUGACUCUUGAAGGCAUUAAUGAAAGAAGUGAAUCAUUAGACCCUCAAUCACAGCCCCAACAUGAAAGUCAGCAUUCACACUUUGAACUAUUUGAUGAAAUUGAAGCCUUGCAAAUCUUAGAUGACCCAUUCCUUAGUGAUGAAAAUAUUUUUCUCCCACCUCGAAGGCUUAUGAAACAAGAGAUUGACAACCUUCCACUAAGAAUAUUUGGCAAAACGGAUACUGGGAAGUUCUGUAAUAUUUGCCUUACAGAGUACACAGAAAGUAGUGUGAUCCGCACACUGCCAUGUUCACAUGAAUUUCAUGUUCAGUGUAUUGAUCCUUGGCUCUUGGAAAAUUCUACCUGUCCGAUUUGA